ACAACACAUCAACAGCUUCGCAGCUAAAAAAUAGCGGUUCCAAAUGGACGAUUUUGGAUCAAUAUUUCGGUGACAAAAGUCAUAGUGACCGCACGGAAGGACUCAAGAGCCAGCCAACAUGACAGCGAUGCUGGAAACGGAGAAAACAAGUCGAAAGAUUUGUACAAGACAGCCGUAACGCUUCACAUCUGAGAAGAAGCUUGUGAAGAUUGCGUGGAGUCGUCUCCAAGAUGUCCAAAGACACCGCGUUCCUGUGCGAUAGCUCUGUGAGCUUGCGAAGUCUACCAAGUGAAGCACCCCUGUACUCUAGACAGGAAGUGUCGUACCCGUACAGCCCGUCUUACCUGAGCUACUCCGGUCCGGAUGAGAGGGAGAUCUGUGAUCUUGUGGUGGACUCCGGGUUAACCCUGCCAAACAGGUGGUGGCAGAUCUGCAGGGCAUACUUGGACUGCAAGGCGGCGUCAGUGCACGUCAUGGGCAAGCCAAUGCAGCCUCUCGUCUUAGACCGUGUCCUGACGUUGUUGGGAAAAUUUGCCUACGAUCACCUCUUCAAGGGGAAGAAAAUCCGACAAGCGCACGUGAGGAAGAAGUUCAAAGCCUACACCAAAGUCGCCUUCUCGGAGUACACCCUGGGUCUCCUGGACACGAGCUCAUCACGUGAUGAUCACGUGGCCUUCAGGAAUAAAAUCGUGGAGAACUUUCUGGCGGCGUUGUGGCUAUGCCACCGGUUCCCGCAGAAAAUGGUCUCCAAGUAUCAUGUGCCAGACGAAGUCAAGAAAUGUCUUAAGAAACUGCCGCACACCCAAGACGUUUGUAUACUUCUUGCUGGUCUGCUGGGAGCGAUGCACCCGGAAAAAUGCAAGGUCUUCAUGCAUAAGCUUGUAAAACGAGCGCGGGAAAUGAAGAUAGACCACAAGGAGGCCCACAUUACCAUGAUCCUCGUCAGAUGUUGUUUCGAAGCCGACCAGAUGGUCGAAGUGGACCUGACCGAGGCGGCCGUCCUAGCCGGUACCACUAUGCCCUUCCUGCGACACUCGCUACACUCGAUAGGGGUCGCUGUUCAGACCCACCGCUUCCUUCACAAGUUGGACCUGAGCGGGCUUGGCCUGAAUGAUCUCAGCCUGGAGUUCCUGUUGCGCCCCAUACAGAGCCCCGUGGCGCUCAACUCGCUUGUCUUAGCUGUCAAUCAAAUCUCGGGGGCGGGGUUUGCCCGGCUGUGUGGAACUCUGGGAAUGAUGCCCAACUUGACCGAGCUGAACAUGAGCACCAAUGGCAUAGGUAAGGGCGGGCUCUCUGCCAUCGCUCCUUAUAUGGACCGUCUGCCGCUGACGACCUUGAACCUGGCCAACAACUUCAUCCUGAACGAUGACGUGUUGUCGUUGUCCCGGAAACUGCCCUGCUGUAAGACCUUACAGGUGCUGGACCUGUCCGGAAACUGGCUCACCGACAUCGGCGUCGGCCAUCUCGGUGAGGCGUUGGUCCAUAAUCACCAGCUGGCCAGGUUAAACGUGGAGCAUAACGGUGUGACGGAGCCGAAGCUGAGAGAACUGGCGGAUGACCUGGGCAUGACCCGGCCGAUAGACAAGCCCGGGCUGCUGGAGAGAACCGUGCCGGAGCUGGCCCUGGACUCAGCCGAGCCGCAGCGGGAACGCAGAAAACACAACCGAGGAAGACUGUCCAUUUUCUCAAUACCGAUGAAGUACAGGGAUUGGUCGAAGAGGACUAGUGGCUCUGACGUCACGUCUCUAGAAUCGACGUCACGAACGUCCGUGCCGAUCUCCACCCGAAGUGUGUCGAGGGUCACUCUUGAGCCGAGCGUACCCGAAGUAGCGCCGACAAAUGCCGAAGUAGGUAGAAGUUCUCGCGAGAUUCGGGACCGUGAGAGCACGAGACCAGCUGAUGACGCAGCCUUGAUGAGUCAUGCGCAGGCGCACACCAUGCCUGCGCCUUUCAAAUUCUCGGUUACUCACUUUGACCAAGACAAAGUGAAUCUGUAAAAAGAUGUAACUUAAGAUGAUGCGGAGUAAAGA